UUAGAGUGGCGAGAGGCCUUUCGACUGUUCGACAGAGACGGGGAUGGAUCGAUCACGGUUGAGGAGAUAGGGACUGUGAUGAGGAGUCUGGGACAGCACCCCACCGACACAGACCUCACUGACAUGAUCAAGGAUGUCGACAUUGACGGGUCGCACACUAUAGACUUCAGUGAGUUCCUGUACAUGAUGGCGAAGAAGAUGAGAGAUACUGACUCGGAGGAGGAACUCAGAAGUGCAUUCAAGGUGUUCGAUAAAGACAACCUUGGAGAGAUAGACACGGACCAGAUGCGCAGUAUCCUCCGACUGUCCAAGAUGAGCGAGGAAGAGAUAGAGGAAUUGGUGCGCGUGGCGGACAGGGAGUGCAGGGGUGUGGUGCAGUAUGACGUCACAUUCCGCCAAUGGUGUCCAUCUACGGAGAAGUACUGGGAGACAGUGGCCCGACAAUAUCACAGACACAACAGAAGCAACUUCAGAUAUAGCAGAAACGCUAAAUCAACGCGCAAACAACAGCUGCAGAAAGAAAAUCAACACACCGAUUCUAAUGAAGAUACGAGCAAGAGGAGCAAAAGAGUCCGGCAGACGAGAAUAGUGGUCCAGGGUAUACUGGCCCGGUUUUUGGGUCUCAACCAGUCGAUAAGGGGGAAAUCUAAGCCAUCUCAGGCACAUACACAAGUGGAGAUGGUAUCAAUGAUGUCAGGAGAACCAGAUUCAUCUUCAUCGUUGGCCAGUCCGUUUACUCAAACCCAUUCCAAUGUCCCCAGAAGCGCGUCUCUUUGUGCAACCAGCUCUGCAAUGACAGUAGCAGUCACCACAGCCACUCCAUCUCUGGCCCAAGUCCAUAAAGAUGACUCAUCGAUAAACCAACCGGAUCCAGCUAAACAACUGCAGUAUGAUAAAGAGCUACACUACCAAACCGCUUCCAUGAAGCAUCACCCAAAUACGGCCCCCAUUUUAGCCUCCGCUUCAGUCCUCUCCGUUCAAGGAGACCCAGCCAGCUAUAACCGAAGGUGUUCGCUCAGUGGCAGUGGGGUCAAUUGGGGCUUGGGCGAAGAAAAAACUCCCCCUAUAGUAUCUCGAUCCACCAGCAAACCCAAAAUAGCUUCUGUCAUCAGAGAGGAGUCCAGAGGCAGUCUCACAGUUGGACUAUACGAGGGGGUUGAAGGAGGGGUGGGGGCAAGGGGCGACAGGCUAAGUCUCCCACGAUCAAAUGAGUUACGUCACUCUUCUGCUUCCAUUUCUCCCACUAGCAGAAGGUACACCGAUUCCAGGUUGUCAAAGACUGGCCGAAUGCGCACUCUUCAGAAACAAAACACGAUGCUAGUGGCACCCACUGAGUUCGAAGAGAUUCAUUCCCAGGACACUUCAAGAAGACAUCUGCAAACGAGACACCACCAACAGUUCCAACAGAGUCAUCAGUUCCAGGACUUCAGUGACAUUGUCAAUUAUGUCGUACAGUCUUACAGUAGACAGUCGGUGGCACAAGCGAGCGUUUCAGACGAGACGAAACAGCAGAAGUUGCCAAGAGUUUGCACCACGAACAACGUCACCGGAAACUGACUCAAAUAAAAAGCUGUAUAUUUGUCAUGAGGAAUUCAUUAUUGAAAACAAACAGACAAUUAAACUACGUU